AUGGCGAGGGCUCGGGACCUCGGUUGGGGAAAAAGAAGCAUGGUCCCUGGAACCAAGGCCAGCGGAAACUGUCAGAGAUGCGGCGGACUCCUGCCGGCAAGAGGCGAGCGGGAAGAACAAGGCAUGGUGGCGCUAGGGAGGAAAGGCUCGAGCGGGAGGCCAAGGACAAUAUUUGAUGAUGGCGCAUGGUUGUUUCGGGAAACUGGAGAUUGCCACUUUAGGCGCCGUGUAAGGUUGUUCGUUUCCCAGCCCGGCGUGCUGAGUUGGCAGUUUGCAACCGCUUUGGGCCGUCAGCAACUCGGCCAUCUACUUCCAGGCUGGUUGAAUCUUGCAUGGUGGUUGCAGGCAGAGGGUGGCGGGUGGCAGAAAUCAGGGAAAGGGGGAGCUGAAGCGCGACACCCACGGCUGCGGGUGGCCUGCCUGAGUCACAAUUGGAAACCCGAGGUCGUGUCGGGCUUCCAUCGGGCCUUCGAAAAGGAAAAGGGGAAGGCGACUGGCGGGGCAACGGUCAUCCCCCCAGAAAAAGAAAACCGGGUCACCAGCGAAAAGAUUGUGCGAGGAAGCAAAUGCGGUGCUGCGGCUCGCCAGCCAGCUCACCAACGGGCGUGUGAGAAGACAAGGAUUUGGGCGUGGCAGAUGAACAGCCCAGUGGCUUGUCCGACCCCGGUCACUAGGGACCCUAUCGGGAUUAGCGACCCCGUGGCCCAGGCUACUGGCUGGUCGUCCCUUACCCCACGCUUCAAAUGGUGGAUCUGGGACAUCAACAGAGCACCCAAGCCCAGUCGCCAGCUUGAUUCCCCUCAUGGGCCCAUUAUGAGAUCCAUGCAGCGUUCCCCCCCGCCGCCCGCCGCCAUCCACCCCUCGUCGCCUCGGUCGGCCCCUGCCACGCGGUCGCCGACCCCUUCGCCGUCCGAUAAUCAUGUCGAGCUUCAACGAUCCCGCCGAUUGCGAUCGAGGAGUCCGUCCCGCCUUGCGAGAGAUUCGAUGAACGGUUCCGGACGCCGCAACGAUGACGCCUCCCGACGCCCUUCCAUGCUCCACAUCCCGAGUUCGACCUCGACGCGCAGCAAGCCGAUUAUCGACCAGCCAAGUAUCCUGUCCACGGCGGCGGCGGCGCCAAACGAUUCCUCGGAUAGUCUUGAGAACACCGGAUUUGUUCCAUCCGUGCCGAGUGACAAGCAUGCCAACAUGAAGUUCUUGCGGCCGCUGCUGACUGAUGUGUCACUGUACACAAACCCUAACCUCGGCCCGGAGAACGAGGGGACAAGCCUGGAGGAACUGGCGCACCUUGUGCGACUGUCCAAGUACCAGGAGCGCAAGCGCGCAAACACGAGGAUCCGCCUCCAACGGAGUUUGGUGUCCACGGCCCUUUCCGCCCGGUUGAUGAGGUGUGGUGAGAUGGCCCAUCGCAACCUAGUGGACGGCUUCCGCGGGGAUGACAAGAAGACAUUUGGUGCCCUUUACAACGCUGUCAUUGAUGUUCGGAGAAGCUGCGAUGAGACCCGCCGGUAUGCGCUCCUGGAGCCAGAGAUGGACCUCUUGCAGUCGCCAGGCCUCACUUCGUCCGAUAGCGUGGACACCCCGACCGGAUCUGUCACCGGCUCAACCGCGUCCCCAAACGCUGUGACGCCGUUUUUAAACGAGAUUUCUGCCUCGUCCCGAGAGACUUUUCUGAACUUUCUAAACCAGAUCAGGACUAACCCAGACUAUCUGGCCACGCGCAUCGCGUCCCUCAAGAACUCGGAACUUACCGCUCUCACCAGCUUCCAUCAGACUCUUGAACCCAUCGAAUCCGUUCUCCCUUACCACGGCCGGUCAUCAGGGCGCUCCGUCUCGGGUAGUUCCACGUUUCCCGGAUCUGGCGGAGCUGGAGGAGCAGGCAAGGAACGCAGCGCUAUCGAGCGCCUGUUGUCUUUCCAACGCCACGAUCCCAUUUCGGCUCUCAUCUACACCUGCUUUGCUAAUUCCGCAGGCCCAGACAGCGCUGAGGACAAACGCCGGACCGUCACCUGGGCCAACGCCUGCGCGCGCCUGAUCUCUACUCAGACAACUGGCAGCGAACAAACCGUUAUUUCGGUCUUAAAUGUCUGGGUGUCGAUGCGCGACUGGGCCGGAAAGUCUAACAUGGAAUGGUACCUGAUGAAAAUCCUAGAGGAUGGAGCUUUCCUGCUUGAUCGUGCAGAGGACCAGCAUGGGACCCGCAUUAACCUUUCGAAUUGGUCGUCCAAGGACCAGAUUGCCGCCGAGGAGUUCUACACCAAAGCGGUUGAUGAGCUGUUCGAGGUCAUCGACGAUGAGGACGCCACGGGCAUCCCGGAAGGCUUACUAGAGCUAGGAAAUGAACUCCUCAAACGUCUGGAUAGGAGGUACUCCGAAAGCACCCGUCGGUGGCUUAUCGCAAAGUAUAUGUUUACAGUUUGGUUGCUUGGCGUCGUCAUCCACCCGGAGGCGUAUGGCAUGAUGGCCGAUUAUCACAUCACCGAAUACGGCCGCCAAAAGAUUCUCAAGACCGUGGCCAUGCACGCCCAGAAAUACGUCGUGGACAUGCUGCAGAGCAUGACCCCGGUGUCUACGCCGCCCAAGGUCAAAGGCCACAUUGAGAGCAUAUACAGCCGCUUCAAGGACCCGUCCAAGUUUCGGAAGAAGCCCAGGCUCUUGCCCGCACGGUCUAUUACGUCCCUUCGGGAGACUGCCGAGGUCCGGCCUUACUUGGUCAUCAGCCCAGCGGAUCUUGCGACAGUGGUCAACGCCCUUUUCCCGGAACGCAGGCCACGGUCGGCACGCUCAAGCAGCUUGCGGUCUGGAGCACCAUCGAUUUCCGGAUUUUCUGCCAUCUCGCAACCCAUGUCCAUCAGGACGGCACCGAGCACAUUUGAUACCAUGUCCGUCCUCAGCACCAGCGCAGAGUCGUCCUUCAGCGAUGCCACCACCUCCCGAGAGCCCCUUGGGGAUGAAGAGAGCCCACGCCGUCAUUCCCCUUCUGCGCAGGAGCCCGUUGCCCAGAAGCCGGAGAAUUACGAGGAUGACGGUUACCGACUGCGUCUGGCCAUGCACGAAAUGACACAAAUCUUGGGCCAGGAUGUCGUGUACGGAUUAUGCCACCCUUGCGCCGAGCGCUGGUCCGUGUUGUUCAUAUCGGCCGAUGGGAAUAAACUGUCCACCCAUAUGACCUUUGAUCCGGACGAUGAUGUGGAAGAUGAGCAGAACUCCUCCAGUACGAGUGAUACGGAAGGCGAGGAAACCGACGACGGACGCCCUGAACUCAACAAAGACUACCACCAGCUGCGCGACUCCAUCCUCAAACUGGUCCAGGAUUACGAAAUCCCUCAGGGCUUGGAAAGCGAUGGAGCUAAACAGCAAACCUUUAGCAACCGGGCCUCAACUCUCAAGAAGUACCGAAACAAAAACCGCAUUAUCACGACUAUGGGAAGCCGGAAUCCUUAUCGCCAGAGGGCCGCAAGCAUCGCGAGCAGCCUCGCUGAGAGCCCUCCAAAAAGUGCCAAGGGGAAGGAGGCCGACCAAGAGAACUCAUCCCCGCUCGUCACCAUGUUGACCGCCGCCUGCUCGCAGUCUCGGGCGCAAUCUGACUUCGUCAGCGCACACAUUUACUGGAGGACGCUGCAACAACUCAAUGCUUUGUCGUCCGAUUCACUACGACGCGAGGGCUUUUCGGCGCUUCUCAAUAUCUUCUCCCGUGGCCCGCGAGAUUCAAUCCGCCGCUCCGCAGCCGCUAUUGAAGAAUACGACGCCUGGCUAGUCUGGCUCAAACAAAGCCAAGAGCGAGCAGAAGGGAUGAUCGAGGGUAUGAUGCAGCGCCUGCGAUCUCUACGCGACAAGAUGUGGUACGUAACAGACGUGCGAAACUCAGCGCCAUAUGAGGACUCGCGGAACGUGGCAGCAGCAUUAAAGACGAUGGGUGCAUCUCGCCGAUGGUCGUCCUUCCAGCGCAUCAAAACCCAGAUGCAAAAGGGCCCCGCAUCAAAUUACAUCUUCCGAACCGAGUCUCAAAUUCUCGAUAUCCUCGCAGCACCCGAAGACCAAGGAGGCCCGAACAAACUUCGCGACGAACAAUCAGAGAAGACCAGCCGCUGGCUUCAGCAAUCAGGCGUGGAGAACUUCUGUCAAGGCGAAGAGCGCAUUCACCGGUUCUGCUGUGAAGUGGAGAAUUGCGUGAGCAAACUCGUCGGCGACAGCAUUAUCGAUGGGCCGGUGCUGUGGUCGAGCGAGCUCUUCGCCAGAGACCGACGGGCUUUCGAGUCUAACAACAAUACCAACAAGACUGCGCGGGACCGAGAUCGCGACAAUCAAUCUGUAUGGGAUGACUCCAUCAGUGUCAUCAGCGAUCCUGACCGCAGGUUCGUGUCUGUCAGUCGCCCCGCUUCGAUCAAUAGUAGGGAUAUGCGAGCCAUGUCCGGUAGCAUGAGCCAAGUCUCUUUCGAGUCGAGCCGUUUCGGUUUCUCCCGCGCCAGCACAGCCAUGUCCGAGGUCCUGGACGGGCCCGAAUAUUUUGGUGCAUCGUCCCCAGUCCACCAAAUCGACCCCAACGCAACCUUCUGGUCACCCUUCCAACACCGGGCUACCUCGCCAAGUGCCGCGUCGCGCGCGCAUUCCCCGACCACCAGCCUGACGAACCUCUCAGGCUCAUUCCACCCGCCAAAUCACCAGCAAAUUCCCUCCCAGCCUCAGUCGUCAACCGGGCGCCCAGGUACAUCGGCUUCGUCUAAUGAGACGGUGUACCAACAACGACAAUUCGACGAGAAAUCCCGCUUCCUCGCCGACUUGAGGCAGACGCUGACCAGCCUUCUCCUUUCUGACCUAGGUAACCUUGUUUUUGCCCGCGGAUCAGAAACGGACGCGUGGUUUGAGGGCCUAGGUCAAGAUUGCAUCGACCGUCGCGAGGCAAUCCAACGGCGGGCGCGUAAAGCGCAGGCCAAGGAUAAGCGCAAGUCUGCCAAGUCCAGCCUAAAGCAGAGAUUUCUCGAGCAGAACCGAAGUUUCGGUGAUGUGCGCGGAACGAUCGCUGGCGAUGCGCUGAGCGAUAAGGCUCUUUCGGAUACGCAGAGCCUCGGCCCGGAAGGGGCUGGCGGCAGUCAACGGGGGAGCCAGCGUGGCAGUCAACGCGGCAGCGUACAUGGGGGCAGCAUCCAUGGCAAUGAAAGCUCGGCCACAAGCGACACUAUCUCGGCCCGGAGACAUAACCAAGAGGCAAGAAAGGAAACCAUGCCCGACUUCCCUUUCACCAAGGCAUACCAGCGGCUUCUUAAGAUGUUUUGCGUUCACCCGAACCCUCAAGUUAAACUCAACGCUCUCUGCGAACUCGAACAUCUGAUUACCGCAUCUUUAAAUUCCGGGUCCCGGCGGGCCCGGCUGGCGUGGGCACGCUCUGAGCUGGGCUCGGCGUCUUCUGCAACCGACGAGCACGGAAACGGGCCACUGGGAACUAGAGCCCAGCCACUGGAGGAGACAAUUGGUAACGUCAAGGAACGCCGCUCCUACACAAUGAUGCAAGUACCCACAUUCGGCUCAGGCGGCCACACACAGGGUGGCCGUGUAUCAGGCGGAGCAGGCAACGCUGAGACCCGGUCCAUCGCUUCGGUUUACCCAGCCAACACCGACGCGGUCGCCAACAUCCUGCAAACGCUUUUCCGCGACCCGUCCCUCCGGCCAAAGACCCUCUUCCGCGACCUGCAAUUCAUCUCGGCCUUCUGUUCCCCCGCCGUCCUUGACAAAACCGAGCGGGGCAAGUCCUUCUGGGACGCCGGCAUCGCCGCUCUCAGCCUCAAACAAGAAGUCUGCCGCACCAUGGUCGAGGUAGCCGACGAGAUCGUCAAGAACUACACGCUAUCCCGCGGCGGCAGCGCCGGUGCCGCCGCCAACAACCGGGCGGGCAGCACGGCCUCCGACUCGGCCGCCGCGACCCCAACCAACGAAUUCCCGCCCGCGUCACCACCUCCCUCCCCACCCUCCCCCUUACCGCUCUCUACCCACUCCCUCGCCGACGCCGCGCGCAUGUGGACCAUCACCGCCAAAGAGGGCGACCCCACCGCGCAGCGCGAGCUCGCCAUCUUCUACCUGUCCAACCCGGAACUCGUGCAGCGCACCACUCUGCCCCUGUCCAAGCCCAGCCAGGUGUUCAAGCAGGCCGUCAUGGAAAAAUACGGCGGCAGCGGCAGCGGCGGAGGGCGCUCUGGGGGCGGCCACCACCAUCCCGGUGGCGCGGCUGCGGGCGGGAGUGGUGGUGGUGGCGGCGCGGGGGGGUCGGGGGGUGCGGGUAAGGAGGAUGGUGGUGCGGGCGCGGGCAGGCUCGGGGAUGUGCGCAGUGAUCCGGCGCUGAUGUGCGUGGCUAUCCAUUGGAUGGAGGCGGCGGAGAAGGGGGGAGAUGAGUUGGCGAGGUCGUUUAUGGCGCAGAAUGAGAUUGGGGCGAGGUUGAUGGGGUGA